UAAUACAAUUUAUUCUUUUUAGGUCGAACCUGAAGCUACCAAGGAUACAGUAAAGAGAAAAAUAAAUUCACUUAGAAGUUCCUGUAGAAAAGAAUUAAAAAAAGUGGAUGCUUCAACAAGAUCUGGGGCUGGCACAGAAGACAGAUAUGAACCAUCGUUAUGGUAUGUUGACUUGCUUAGUUUUUUAAAAGACCCGGAAACACCCAGACAGGGAAUUUCAAAUUUUGAUGACACAUUCUCCCAGGUAUAGAAAAAAAAUUGUUUGUUUUGUUAACUAGUAGCUAUGUUUAUUUCAAAUUAUGUCUACGUAUGUAUCAACAAAAAGCGUUAUCUAUAUAGUAUUAAUACUACACAUUCUAUUUUGCCACGGCACAGUGCCUUCGUUAUUAAAAUAAUUUGAAAAUUCUUCUCUUGUCGCUUUGGCAUCACUGGAAAUGUUUCUGUAGUGGCCUCUCUGUAAUUCCAAUAGAUUUGUAUCUGCUCUUAAACCUAACGUUAAAGUGCCCUCAAUCGUAUCUUCGAUAUCCAAUGAAGUAGGGGGGGUAUAAUUGGUAGAGUAUUCAUUUCUUAAAAAAUUAUGGAGUACGCAACAAGUCAUAACUACAAUAUCUAUAUUUUCAGGAGCCAAAUUUAUACUAGUAUGAAAAAUUCUGAACCUAGAAGCUAAUAUGCCGAAGGCAUUUUCUACAAUGCGUCUAGCUCUUGACAAGCGAUAAUUGAAAAUUCUGCGCUCAUUUGUUAAAUCUUUUUGACUGAAUGGCUUCAAGAAGUUAGGGGUUAAAGCAAAGGCUUCAUCGCCUAUAAAUACGUAGUUAAGAACUUUAUCAGAAUUUUUCAAUUUUUCUGGUUCCGGAAUAUGCAAUGACUGGUUAUUCAAUUUGUCAUAAAAUUUCGUCUGCUCAAUUACACCACCAUCGGAAAUUCUUCCAUUCAUGCCAAAUUCGCAUAUAAUAAAUUCAUAACUAGCGUUUAAGACGGGUUUACACAGGUCAAAUAAACGGUCAAGUUGAGCAGUAAAGUCAAGUAUUUUUUUCUACUUGCAUUGUAUGAACAAUUUCGGUCAAGUAAAGUAGCGACUUGCGUCAAGUGACGAGGCAAGUCAAGUGGUUCUGCACGGUGAACAAGUAACUUUACUUGACUGCUACCCCCACUUCUACUUUAUCAUUGGAUCGCCAACUUGACCGUCUACUUUACCAAUGUAAACAGACAAAGCAACUAAGUAAACAAGUUCCUGCGCAUGGAAUGUGGAUUUGUACUGUCUGGGGUUUUUCAGAUUUCCUAUCCAUUUUGAUCACAGAUAACCAAAUAAUUUUGGUGAUUUUGGUAUACUACGAAUUGUGAAUUGAGGUUUAAUUUGUACAAGAUGAAGUGGUCAGAAGAAGAAACCAUGCGUUUCGUUGAACUCUAUAGUGAAAAAGAGUGUUUAUGGAAGAAGAGUAGUGUAAAUUAUCGCAAUAAAAACAUGGGAAAAGCAGCUGAAGAGGACAUCGUGAACAGGAUGGGAAAGGAAGGUUUUGGAGUGACAGAAUUAAAGCAAAAAAUAAAGAUAAUGAGAAGAACUUAUAAUCAGGAAGCGCUGAAAGUUAAAAAGUCUAAGAAAUCAGGAGGUAAACCGGAUGAUAUAUACGUUCCAACUGUCAAGUGGUUCCGACAAAUGGAAGAAAUAAUGGAUAGCUCCACAGCUGAAAAUGAAACGGAAAGCAUAGAGACAGAAAUCGCUCCACCUAGCGAAAAUGAACAAGGUCUGCUAGAGGAACAAGUCAUUGAAGAACCAUCUCCAACUCCUACAAGACCUUCGACCAGCAAAACAUGCUCCCGAGUAGAAUCGACCGGUAAGAAAGGUUCUCGAGUAGAAGCAGGAUCAAAAAAUAAAAAACCACGGCUACAAGCCUUAACUGAAGCUGUUGCAGAGGUCCGAAAAGCCCAGGAAACAUUAAUAACUUCUCAAUCCAUCAGUGACAAUGAAGCUUUUGGCAAGUUUAUUGCAGCCAGUUUAGAUAAACUGCCCCCUGCUGAUUCAAUCAUGGCGCAAGGUGCACUUCAAAGAGUGAUACAAAAAUAUCCAUUGAAUGCGUUAAAUAAGAGCAGUUCUGCUUGUGAGGCUUCCGCAUUAACUGCAAUUCAAUCACCAACCCUUUCUAGGGAUUCACCUCCUGCAACUACUCCUGCAUACAGCACUGAUCAUCCGAUUAUGAACGAGGACACAGUUGCAAAUGAUGAUGCUGCUAUCGCAGAUAUUAUCUCGCAAGCAUGGAACUUGACAAACUAAAAUGUUACAAUUGGAUUUGUUUGUUUUUUAUUAAGAAGCCUAAAUGAAAAUUAAAAAAAAUAAAAAUUUAAAAAUGUUCUAUUAUUAUCUAUUCACAUACCUUUACAAAAUCCUUUAAGCAGUCGUACACAGCUUGACAAACAAUGGGAAUCAUGAUAGAUAUCGCUGAUUUAGAAACUCGGAAGAGAUGAGAAAGGGUUCUAUAAUUAUUACCAGUUGCUAGGUAAUUUAAGGUUACUUCCAACAUUGUUUCUGGUUUGAUAGCGUCUCUCAUAAUAGUGUUUUCUCGUUGGAUUAAUGGAGUUAUUAAGCCUAACAAAUAGUCAAAUUUUUCAGCAGUCAUUCUGAGCAUCAUUCUGUAUUCUUUAGGAUCUUCAAACCUCAGCUCCCUUAUUAAAUUGGUGGAAGCCCCUUGACUUUCUCUACGUGUAAGCCAUUCUCGACACCAUAUCCUUUUUUUAGGAUUCCUUUCUUCCUCAAGAAUUUCUUCCACUUCUUCCAGGAGAAUAUUUGUGAGAUUAAUAACGCAAUUUCGAAUGAUAAUACGACUUUCCACCAUGUUUUACCUGUCGACUUGCUGAUCUACUGGAAUACGUGUAAACGCUCUUUCUGUAUGAUGUGGUGAAUCAAGUAAAGUAGAAUGCAACCACGCAAGUGCGAAGGCAAGUAGCUUGACCGAUUACUUGACCCGUGUAAACCCGUCUUUACUGCCACCAUCAAGACCAUGCUAUGGAAAGCUUUAUAAUUAUAAAAAUAGGAACCACUUUCUGGCGGUGGGUUUAUUCGUAUAUGCUUUCCAUCUACUGCUCCCAAACUAUGAGGGAAAUUCCAUUUUUGCUCAAAGUCUUGUGCUAUUUGUCUCCAUUCUUCCUGCGAGUUUGGUACCUGUAACAUAUUUUUAGCAAAAAUCAAUAUUAUAUUAUUGAUAAUUUUUUUUAUCACAGAGUAUUCCGUCAGAACAGUGUCAAGCAGAUGAUGAUGAGGCACAGUCACCAAGGGCACAGUCAUCGAGUUUAAAUCAAGAUGGAAACGACACGUUGCUUCCUCCACCACAUAAAACUUCAAUCAACCCAUGCAAACGCAAGAAACCUUCGUCAUCAGCAAAUUCCUUAUCUAUCGACCAAACAUGUGAAAAUAUAAACAAAAAACUGUUAACACUUAAACCUGACGACACUUAUGAAGUAUAUCGAAAAAACAUUGCAUCAAAAUUGAGAAUCCUACCCAAAGAUCAGCGUAUUUGGGCGGAAAGAAUAAUAAACGACACAUUGUUUGAAGCAGAACUUGGCAACCUGUCUAGGCAAACAGUAACCAGAAUCAAUGAUAUUUACAAUAACGGCUCUCUACACUCGCAACCUCACAAUGAUCCUUACUUACAAACACAGACUUCUCCAUACUCGUACCCUCACAGUUCUCCUUAUUCACAAACACUGACUUCUCCAUACGCGUAACCUCAAACAUCUCCUCACUCACAACAACUACAGACUACUCCAUACUCGCAUUCAGAGAACAAUUUUCAAACUCAUUCACAACAAGAAAUAAGCCAAUCACGACCUCAAUCCACGGAACCACGGAACCUUUCUCAAAAUCAACAUUCACAACAACAAGGAAGACGGACACACCUGCAAGAGCAAGACCAAAUUGUACAAUUACAAAUACUUGAUGAUCGAUUCCCACAAUCUGAGACAGUAUCUCAGAACAUUCCAAAUCGACAAUCACAACAACAAAAAGAUAGAAAUGUAUCUACUUUUUGGGAAAAUUUUCAACCUUGAUUUUUUGUCAUUGUCACACAUUGUCUUUGAAUUUCAUGUUCUGAACUUUACUUCAAAAACUGUACUGUAAAUAAACAUCAUUUAGCUCACCUCCAUGUAUUUUUUUUUUGUAAAACCUUGUAAAUGGCUCGGCAGGUAUCAGGGAUAAUUUUAGAUAAAGCCUGUUCAGAAAUUGCUAUAGAAAAUCUUAAAUCUUGGUAUGAUCUUCCAGUAGCCAGGAACCUCAAAGUAGCGGUCAGCCUUUCGUGAGGUGAUAAACUCUCACGCAUAACCAUAUUUUGUCGUCGAAUGAGAGGCAUAACCAAGCGUAAUAGUUCACCAUAGGCAUUUUCAUCCAUCCGUAAAUAAUUUCGCCAGUCGUUUGAGUCUUCUUUUAAAUCCUUCAGUAGAUUUAUAUGCGAAUGAAUUUUUCUAUUCAACAGCCAUCUUUUCGUCCACUUCGAUCGUUUACGUUUAGACUUUAACAGUGUCUUUUUCUUCAUUAACAAAACCAAAUACACCAACAGAAGCAAUACUUCUUCAUUGGGAGACAUUGUUCCCAUGACGACGAUUUUUACAAGAAUGUGGCUUGCGCGUACUUAACUGUGCCGUGUGGUAGCCACGUCCGUGUUCAAGCUUCACCACAGUCUUACCUGCGCAGGUGGAACUGUGGUGAAGCUUGCGCGUGUGGUAGGCCCUUUAGGAUGCUGAUACAUCACAGACAUAUGAAAUAUCCCAGGUUGAUGGAACAAUGAAAGUAGAAAUAUCGACGCCACAAACAGAUAAGCAUCUGAAAUUAAAUAAAAUAAGAGAUGUCUCAAUACCUAAUCCCCUUUAUGCAAGACCGUUAAGUCUUCUAGAGGCAGAGGUGCACAAAAAGCAAAGGAAUCAACAUCAAGCCCAUAUAAAAAUGACUUAUAGAAAUC